GACAUGGAUUUUUCUCUGAGGGUCCUCGUUUUAUCCUGGCUUUGCCUGGAGACUUUAGGGGACUUCGACGGAAGGUGGCCCAGGCAGAUCCUUUCCACAACUGGAUUGUGUCGUUUUGGGAGCAGAGUGGAUUGCUGUUGGGGCUGGGCUCGCCACGCCUGGGGCCACUGCCAACCUUUCUACAUCUUAAGGCAGAGAAUAGCCAGGAUAAGGUGCCAACCCAAAGCUGUUUGUCAACCUGGAUGUAAGCAUGGAGAAUGUAUCGGUCCAAACAAAUGCAAAUGUCAUCCAGGAUACACUGGGAAAAUUUGCAACCAAGAUCUCAAUGAAUGUGGAUUGAAACCAAGGCCUUGCAAACAUCGAUGUAUGAAUACCUAUGGAAGCUACAAAUGUUAUUGCUUGAAUGGGUACAUGCUUAUGCCUGACGGAUCGUGUUCUAAUGCUCUCACGUGUUCAAUGGCAAACUGUCAAUAUGGCUGUGAUGUGGUCAAGGGGGAAAUACAUUGUCGUUGUCCUUCACCAGGGUUACAGCUGGCACCAGAUGGCAGAACAUGCAUUGAUGUGGAUGAAUGCAUCACUGGGAGUGUUACCUGUCCCCGAUUCAGAAAAUGUGUCAACACUUUUGGAAGUUAUAUUUGCAAGUGUCAUAAAGGCUUUGAUUUGAUGUACAUUGGAGGCAGAUACCAAUGCCAUGAUAUAGAUGAAUGCUCUCUUGGCCAACAUCAGUGUGGAGGUUAUUCCCAGUGUUACAAUACACUAGGGUCUUACAAAUGUAAAUGCAAAGAAGGGUACAGAGGUGAUGGAUUAAACUGCAUAAGGAUUCCUAAAGUUAUGAUUGAUCCAUCUAACCCCUAUAGUGUAUUUAAAAGCAAUUCAACUUUUCUGAAAGGAAGCAAUGGCAUGACCAACAGAAUACCUGAAUAUGGUGGUACAAAAUAUCCCAUCCAAUUGCCAUAUAUACCAUAUGUAAUUACACCAAAGUCUUAUGUGAAGACAACAGCAAGACCAACUGUGAAACCAACAUACAAACCAUAUACCAGAUUGCCAAUACAACCUGCCACAGCAAGACCAGCUUUCAGGCCAGUGACAAGACUUCCACCAGUGACAAGUCCUCCCCAACAACCCACAGUUCCAUUUAAGCCUGUAACAACAACAAUGCCACAAGUAGUAACUGAGGAGCGUCUGCCUUUUCCUACUGAAACUACAGCCCAACCGGGACUUACGGUUGACAAUAGGAUCCCAAUUGAGCCACAGAAACCCCGAGGAGAUGUGUUUAUUCCCCGCCAGCCUGGAGUGAACAAUCAUCUCUUAGAAACAUUUGAAAUUGAACAAGGGAUAAGUGCCAGUGAAGCUGAAGCAAAUGAUGACCCAGGUGUUCUGAUUCAUAGUUGCAACUUUGAUGGUGGUUUGUGUGGAUGGAUCAAAGAAAGAAAUGAUGAUUCACACUGGGAACCUGUUAAAGACUCCUCAGGUGGACAAUAUUUAUCUAUUUCUCAACCCAAAGGAAAGGCAGGUCGAUUUGCCCGCUUGGUUCUCCCACUAGGCCAUUUAGCUCGCUCCGAAGAUCUGUGCUUAUCUUUUCGGCAUAAAGUAUCUGGAUUACACUAUGGUUUGCUUCAAGUCUUUCUAAGAAAGGCUGGUAUUCAUGGGCCAGCAAUUUGGGGAAGGAACAGAGGUCAUGGUUGGAGUCAGACGCAUAUAACACUGAAAGGACCUGGCAUCAAAAGUGUUAUUUUUAAAGGAGAAAAAGGAAAAGGAAGAACUGGGGAAAUUGGGUUGGAUGAUAUAAGUUUGAGAAGAGGCCGAUGUUCUCAGGACCAUUAGUGGUACAGAUGGAUGAAGAAAACAGACUUUGGUUGUCCAUGCCUAUUAUAUGAGACAUGUGGAUGAUUUCUCCUUUGUGUUUGUAAAAUCACAGUGGAUCUCCAUAUAAAUAAUUCACAUUUUCUGUAAUAUAUAUCUGUCCUUUAUGAAGAAAAGACUCUAAAUGUGCUCAAAAAGAAUCAACAACUGAAUCCAUGUCUUCUUUGUGUUUUCCACUGGCUGGUUAUGGGUCAUUUUGUGUCAAAAGCUGAAGAUACACCCAUUAUUAUUGUACUGCAUCAAUUUUUAAAGUAGAGUGUUUUGAUUGUCUCUGUGUGUAUAAAUAACAUUUAUCCCAUUAUCUUAUUGCAAAACACAGUUAAAGAGUAGCACUGCAACCCUUAAUAUAGGUAGUGCUAUGCUCUGUAUAAAUAUGUAUUAUUGUUAUUGUUAAUGUAUUUAUAUAAGUUGUAUAUUUGCAAAUUCUAGUUGUAAGAGGAAAUGACAUUUGUGCACAUUACAGUUAAACCAGCAAAACAAUAGCAAGUUCUUUUUAAAAUAUAUAACACCCGGCAAUGGUCCUUGCCUGUCUAAACUCAAACAGUAGAAUAUUUUACAUGAUUGCAGAAAUGAAUAUAAUGUAAGCCUUACCAGAUUCAGGAGAAUUAAACAUUAGCAGUUCUUUUCUGAAAAGAAAAGCAUUCAUGACUGGCAUCAGCAGCACAAACUUGGCUUUGAUAGAUUUUAAUAUUUUUAAUAUAUUCAAGGAAAGUUUGGCAGAUCGGUGUUUUUCCUCUCUUAUUCAGACACUAGUAAGAAACAAAAUAGGCUUUGGGGUUCAUAAGCAAAGAAACGCAGAACGACUGGUCAUGAAUUAACCAGAAUUAUAUAGGUAGUCGUCGACUUACAGCAGUUCAUUUAGUGUUGGUUCAAAAUUACAACGGCAUUGAAAAAAGUAACUUAUGGCCAUUUUUCACACUUACAUCCUUGUGGUCGCAUGAUGGUUGGCAGUGUCCUGGGGUCCUGUGAUCAUAUUUUCCUACCUCCUUACAAGCAGAGUCAAUGGGGAAACCAGAUUCACUUAACAACUGGGUUACUAGCUUAAUAACUGGCGCAAUUCAUUUCGCAAUUGUGUCAAGAAAAGUCGUAAAAUGUGUCAAAAUUCACUUAACAAAUAUUUCACGUAGCAACAGAAACUUGGGGCUCUAUUGUGAUAGUAAGUCUAAGACUGCUUGUACAUUAUGGCAUAAAUUCUAUCUACUCUCUCCUCUUUUCAGAUGGUUUAUUUCUUUAUUUCUGGGCAGGUGAUUUAAUCCACAUUAUAAGGAAGAAAAACUGUUUCCUGAACAUAGCAGAAGGGUUGCAAAAAGGCUCAGUUUCAGACUGAUCCAAAGUCUGCCUUGCACAGUACAGCAUAGAGAGAGAAAAACCACAACGAAAAUGCAGGAGAAAAUCCAAACAGAGUUUUUGGUGGGUUAGAAUUUGGACCUUUCAAUUCUUAUUUGCCAAAAUGGAAAAUGGAAAAAGUCUGCCCUUGCAUCCAGAUGGCAAUCAUGUUGCUGGCAUGAUAAUCUCCCCAAUAAGCUAUCCAGGUGGUGAGGACUGUGAUGGAAAAUCCUCUUGAGUAGAUCUUCAGCUGUUCCCAGUAUAGCUUGAUAGAACCAGAACAGGUGGCCAACCUGUCACAUUUUAUAAGCCCCAAAUAAUUUAGCUCAAUUUCAACUUACUCCAUAUCUUACUAGCAUGUGAUUUCUUCCUAUAUUUCUCACAAUAUACCAGAAUUCAACAAUAUGGCACCCUGACCACAUAUGAAACUAUGUGGUUGGACUUAGUUUGUGGGGAGGAAAGUAAGGGGGAAAAAAUAUCUGCCUCUGCCUACCAGCAUCCAUUAGUAUUCAUCUGGCUAGUGUCCUGUCAGUGUGUGAGAGAGUUGAGGGCUGUUUGGAAACUGAAACAGUA